UAUCCAGCAUUGUAAGAUCUGGCAACGUCUAUACAGUGGACGGGACCUACGCAUACACCAGUGAGUGAGUGAGUGAGUGAGUGAGUACAGUGGCUGUGUGUUUGGUCUGUAUAGCCUACCAGUGCUACCUGCGGUUUGUUCGGGAUACAUUAUUUUGUAGCCUACUGAUAACAAUUGUCCGCAAAACGCCUAAUGGAUUUUCAUCGCUCAACUUCAUUGACUGUGUACUUGUUGUCCAUCCUUGGAUAUUGUGCUGGUCAAGAUGUGUUUCCACCUGGACCUGUGAAUGGAACAUUGGGAGGAAAUGUGAUUUUCAAAACCACCAUCAAUCCAACCACACUUCUUACAAUCCUCUGGACUUUUGGUGAACCCUCUGUCACCGUUGUUGACUUUGUCAGUUCUGCAGGUUCUGUGAUCGGAGUGGGAUAUGUUGGUAGGAUCAGUCUGGACAAUAGCACUGGAUCUCUGGAGCUCAGGAAACUGACCCUGAUUGACAGUGGGACAUACAGAGUGAACCUAAGAACGGCUGCUGUUUCUCAGGCGGGAUCUACUUCACUGAUUGUCUAUGAGACCAUUUCAAACGUGACCCUGAGGGCCAACGUCAUUGAUCUAAUGGAACUGAAUGACACUGUCAUUUUCUCCUGCUCUGUGUCCUCUGGCUCCUCCCCCUUCUCUUACCGCUGGCUGAAUGGCAGCUCUGAGGUCACAGCCAGAUAUGGAAUUCAGCUUGGUGAUGGAGGCCGUACUCUCACCAUAGCCAAUGUGACCCGGUAUGACCAGGGGCCAUACAGGUGUAUUGUGUCCAACCCCGUCAGCAGUAAACCCAGCCAGAAUCUAACCCUCAUCAUCAGCUAUGGUCCAGAAAACACCACAAUGAAGGUGACCCCUCUAGAUGUACUGUAUGGAUCAGGGUCAAACCUCACACUGUCCUGCUCAGCUGAGUCCAGUCCGUCUGCCCAGUUUCAGUGGCUUCUGAAUGGAACACUGCUGUCCAAUAACGGAAAAGAACUCAGGCUGGAGAACAUCCAGGCCAAUCAGAGUGGUAGCUACAGCUGCUGGGCCCAUAACACCAGAACCCUGAGGUACCAGAUAUCUGAGCCCUCUGACAUCACUGUGCUGGAACCAAUAUCUGGUGCUAACAUCACAACUACCCCAAACUCUUCAAUCAUCGAGGGGGGCUCUGUGACCUUAACCUGUAAUGCUUCUGGCUCCAUCGUCACCAGAGAGUGGAUGAAAGAUGGUCACCCUCUGUCUGCUGGUGGCAACAUAAUCAUCUCUGAGGAUAAGAGAGUGCUGUCCAUAAACCCUGUGAAGAGAACAGACACUGGAGAAUACCGGUGUAGAGUCAGCAACCCCAUCAGCACCGCUAAUGCUAAACACGGUCUCAUUGUAAACUAUGGACCUGAUGGUAUGGAAAUAAUGGGUCCAUCUGAAAUAGAAGUAGGACAGAAGAUUACAUUGACCUGCUCUGCUGACUCCAUACCGACUUCUAGUUACACCUGGGUGCUUAACGGGACAGAGAUACCUGGACAUUCACCUGCGUUCACUAAAGAGAAGAGUGAAUACUCUGACAGUGGGGAUUACACCUGUACAGCAACAAAUAAUGUCACUGGAAACAAAACAUCUGUGGUCCAUAAACUGUCAGUAAAAGCGGAGGGCUCUCUAUCUCAGGGUCUGUCUGCUGGUGCCAUUGCUGGGAUUGUGAUUGGAGUAUUGUUGGUUUUGGGAGUGGCAGUUGGUGUGGCGGUCUACUUCAUGAAGAUAAAGGGUUUCUUCAAGAAAGAAUCCUCCAGGAGUGUUGGCAACACAGGUAACAGCUCUGCUAACGGAGGGGGACCAGGAGGAAACCAGGACCUGAACUAUGCAGACAUCACACAAUUCCAGAAGAGGGAUGGUGGGUCAGUUCAGCUGGGGAACCUGGGUACUUCCUCCACAGAGUACGCUCAGGUCCGAGUCAACAACCGGCCUGGUCAGCCUGCCGAACCACCCACCUACAAAUCCCACCAUUCCUAGGUGAAAAAGCCUGCCCUAAAGGCUGCCCCCGACGCUGCAUCCACCAUCUACUCAGACGUUCGAAGGAACUGACCACGCCUCCCUGUCAAUCAUCUGGACCAGUUGGGGUCAGUCAGGGCGACCAGACCUGUUCAGACAUGGUCAAUGAAGCCCCACAACCUUCUCUGUGUCUGUGCCAACCAAAUGUUUUCUAAUACUGUAUCCCUUAUUAGGCCUUACAGAUCCCUGGACAAACAAAAAUAUCAGUUGACCCCUUAGCUAUUAUCAAUUGAUUGGGUGCUCAUCUGUUUUAUAAUUUGCGCUCAACUAAAUAGUAAAGAAAUUAUAUUUUAUUGAUAAUGUCGUAAUAGAUCAUCAAAUCGUGAUGGAUCGUGAAUAUUUGUAUGACACAAAAAAUACAGCUACAUACACAAUGUGCCAUAAACCCUCUACAGCAGGGAUCAUCAUCUAGAUUCAGCCGCGGGCCAAUUUUUGUUGUUGUUGAGUGGAUGGUCUGGGGGGCGGGAACAUAAUUAUAAAUAUUUUGUAGACUGAAAAUGUCCUUCAAGAAGCCCAAACAGAUAUAAUGUUUGACUAAAACAUAAUAAUUUCAAACCUUGCUUACAUUUAUUUGUGUACAAUCAUGUGUCUCUCUAUAAUGCUUAGGAAUACUUGGGAACAGAUUUCUUAAAUUGAAAUCACUUGGAGCGGAUUCCUGGUGUUUUUCCUGUCUUAUGUCCAACAAUGAAACUACAAAUUUAUAAAAUUUAAAACAUUUGCUUGGAGGGCCAAAUGAGACCACCUGCGGGCCAAAUUCGUGGGAGGUUCUACCUAAUAUCAUAUGGAAUUGUUUUAAGAUGGUCAUACUAAGGAUAGUUUAGCUAUUUGAGUUUGAAUUUUAAGACUGCUUAAAGAUAGUCUCUCUUACUGCUCUUUUCAGUUCUAAUACAUACUGUUGAGGUGACUGGAGGCCUAUUAUACCACAAAUUGGGAAAAGCAUUAGCAUGCAUCCCAUGGUUUAGCAGAAUAGCAACAUAGAGGAACACCAUCUCUCAGGGUGACGUGGGUACCAUUGCCCUGGUCAUUUGAAUGUACGGUGUACAUGAUACCUUUAUGUACUGUUAUAUCAUAAAAGGGAAAUUAAAUAACCCUGUGUGCAGUAUGUGUAAAGGAUCGAUACUAUGUUUGUUUUGUUUAUUAGCAAUAUAUGGCUCUCUCACAGUUGCUUUGUUUCUCUGGUUAUAUUUUUUGAGUGUACAGGAUGUACAUUCAGGAAUUAUUUGUGUUAAUAAUUUCCCUAUGGCUAUUUGAUUAUUAAAACAACAAUAACAAGAUAGGAAUUAAAGAUACUAUAUUACUUAUUUCUGACUAUCUUCUCUGUAAGUUGAAAUGAACGAAACCAACAAUGGUUAUGUCGGUGACAAGGCUCAGUGGCACAUCUAUCAUAGAACGAGCUGUAUUUUUGCUUGUCGACAACAUAGUCCCAACCAUGCCAUGGGAAGUUGUUAAACACUGCACUACCCAUUUAGCUUUAAUAAUAAAGCUGUAUUUAUUAUUAAGGACAUUUUCUACAAUGAUGCUUUAACCUGAAACUUCCUUCAGCAACUUAUAUCAAAUUGUGUUGGUCACAUAGACAUGGUUAGCAGAUGUUAUUGUAAGUGUAGCGAAAUGCUUGUGCUUCUAGUUCUGACAGUGCAGCAAUAUCAACAAGUAAUCUAACAAUUACACAACUACCUACUAUAGUUUUAUGUUUAAAUUAUUAAAUGAAUGUACAGUGUGUGAGAAAACGGGCUUGAUUUACAGUAAGAUACAUUUGUUAAUCUUUAUAAUUGCCCGCUUUAUUCUGGUUUGUUGUGGUUCAAAGCAUUUGUGGUAUUUGUGAAUCCACCUAUGUUUGAGUCAUUAUGUAUUUUCAGCAAAAAUAGUGUCUGUAUGCUUAAGCGUUGUUUAUUUAAUGUCAAAUGUACUGUACAUGAUUUAGUGCCAUAUCUACUCCCAAACCAAACAUUCCAGUCUAUCUACUACCAAACCAAUCAUAGAGUCGUUAUGUACAAACACAGGGGAAGGCACAGCAUGUGUAGUGUUAUACUCCAACAUCAAAGGCCCUCUCGUUCAACCCUCUCAAUACACUUAGUAGUUCCUUUAUACUCAUGAAUCCAUUGGUUCCUAUGAUGUAAAUGUGGGCUUGUCAUUGAAGUUUUACUUUUCCUCCUGUUGACUGGUACUGUACAUACAGAACAUGAUUAUUAUGCAUAAUGAAUUUUAGACUUGUCUGCCUUUAAAAAAAGAGGAAUACAACUAUUUGUUUUGAAAUAAUUGCACUUUUAUGGAAGAAUUAGAAUUUUUAUUCCAAUAAAUUAUAUUUGCUGUAA